CACUUUCCCUCGACGGUCGCGACAGGAAGACCUUUUACCGUGUGAUUUUUUGUUGUGGACGAAACCUUUCCUGUCCUUCAGUACGAAAAUGUACUACAAAUUCAGCGGUUUUACCCAGAAACUGACGGGGUCCGCUCCGGCGGCCGCCUACAGCCCUCAGGGGCUUAGGCCAGGUGUGCCAGCAGAGUCCCCCGCCAUGGUGUUUGCCACACCCACCAAGGUGGUGUCGGAGGCGGGGUCCACGGCGGAGUACUUGGGAGCAAACCGGGUUCCUGAGCUGCAGAGAAUUUUCCAGGCGCCAGACGGCAUCCCCAUUCAUUUGAAGCGCGGAGUCCCCGACAGGCUACUGUACCGCACCACCAUGGCUCUCACUGUAGGAGGCGCGCUCUACUGUCUGGUGGCUCUUUACUUUGCAGCCCAGCCCAACAACAAUAAGUGAACAACGGCAAACCCCCGGGAUCAUUCUGUUCUCAAACCUGACAUUCCCAGCCUCCGUCUGCCCUCGCCAUGCCAUCUCUUGGGACUCGCUGUUAUGACAUCACACUCAACAAUAAGAACAAUAACGUCCCGUCUCCUUUGUAAAUCAGAUGUCUAACUUAAUAAACAGGGAAAAAAAGGUAA